AUGACAUCCUCAGUCAAUAGCCAGCAUGUUCUGCUCACCGGUGCGAAUGGCUUCGUUGCCUCGCAUAUCCUAUCCAUCUUGAUCGAACGCGGAUUCGCCGUCACGGCCACAGUGCGGUCGCAAGCCAAGGCCGACGAUAUCAUCACAACACAUCCCUCGUGGAAGGGCAAGAUCACCUUCGCCCUGGUGUCUGAUUUUACCUCGCAGCAGCCAUUCGAUGAAUUGUUCGCAAACACCACGGUGCCGUUCACACAUGUCAUCCACACGGCGUCCCCCGUGAAGUUCAACGUCCAGGAUAUCCAGAAGGAGAUGAUCGAGCCGGCUGUCAUGGGAACCACGGAGAUUCUCAAGAGCGCGCACAGACAUGGAGGGCCGGCUCUGAAACGAUUCGUCCUGCUAAGCAGUGCCGCGACCGUCCUUGACUCGUUCGAGGACCUCACCCGCGAAGGACCCCCUUACACCGAGAAGGAUUGGAAUCCCGUAACCGCCCAGCAAGCCAUCGACCGCAAGGACAUCGUGCUCGGCUACAACGUCUCCAAGAUACAGGGCGAGCAAACCGCCUGGGCAUUCAUGGAGACCAACAACCCCGACUUCGACCUCACCGUGAUCAACCCAGUCGUCAUCACGGGCCCCAUGGCCCACCCGAUCUCGGGCCCGGGCUCGAUCAACGAGACCAACCACUUCGCCAUCGCAAGCUUCAUCGACGGAACACACACGACGGUCGAGGACGUGCGCUUCCCGUUCUGGCAUUUCGUCGAUGUGCGCGACGUCGCGCGAAGCCACGUCGACGCGCUCACGAACCCCGCGGCAGGCGGACAGCGCAUCGUGCUCAUCGCGGGGCUGCUCACCCCGCAGCUGGUCGUGAAUAUCAUCCGCAAGAACUUCCCUGGAUUGAGGGAUCGGGUUCCCGAAGGUAACCCGUCGCAGAUCCUGCCGGCGGGCGUGCAUCCGAAUGACUGGGAUACGCGUCUCAGCUUGGAUGUCCUGUCCAAGGGGACGGCCGAUGGUCGGUGGGAGUAUAUUGAGCUGGAGAAGAGUGUUACCGAUGCUGUGCAGUCGAUGAUUGAUCAGAAGGUGCUGUGA